AUGUCUGCAAGUACCGUUCAUGUGGCGAAUAUCUCGCCCAAGACCACCGAGAAGGAGGUCAGAGAUUUCUUCAGCUUCUGUGGAAAGAUCACCUCGCUGUCUCUCACCCCAAGCAGUGGAGAUGCUGAAGCCACCCAGUCAGCAACAGUGACAUUCGAGAAAGAAACCGCCUCCAAGACUGCUCUUCUACUAGACCAGACACAACUUGGCCCCUCUGCGGUCCAUGUCACUGCUGCACCCAGCAUCGAUGAAUUGGCAGGUGAAAAGGCCACCACCGCCCAUGGAGCCAGAGACGAAGCCAGCAACCACCUGGACCAAGAGGACAAGCCACGCUCUCGAAUCUUUGCCGAAUAUCUUGCCCACGGCUACGUGAUCAGUGACCAGGCCAUCGAGAAAGCCAUCGGCCUAGACAAGGCGCACGGCAUCUCCGCGCGAUUCAACACCGUCCUAAAGAACUUUGACUCCAAGUACCAUGCCACCGAUAAGGCCAAGGGGAUCGACGAGAGCUACGGUAUCACCAACAAGGCUACUAGCAGCUGGCGUGGACUAAGCUCCUACUUCGAGAAGGCCCUUGAUACCCCCACCGGCCGCAAGAUCAGAGACUUCUACCUUCAGAGCGAUAAGCAAGUGAGAGACAUCCAUACCGAGGCCCGUCGUCUCGCAGACCUGAAGCAUGCUUCUUCCCCUGAGUCGGCCGGAGGACAGAAGGCAAAGACGACAGAGAGUGUCCCAACGGCCCCGACAGGCGUUCCAGUCGGUGACCCGUCCGCUCCGUCAACUGCUCCAGGCACAACAACCACUGAGUCAAAAUAA